AUGCUCGUUUUCAUAAAUCCACGGGCUCUCUAUGCUAUCUCCAGGCCUCCUCGGACGUUCUGUCGCUCUCUAGGAGACCCCGGUGCGCCUCCAUUCGCCGCUAGAGUGGUCGAGAUACUCAACUUUGCCUUUGACCCAAAGAACAGCGUCUCAGUCGAAGAAGCUGCCGUUGCACUAGAAUCACUCUUCGCAUCAGACUACGAGGAACAUGGCACAGCAGGGUCUUUCCUCUGGUGGUUCUGGGACCUCAUGCACGUCCUAGCCCGCCAGAUCCCCUACGACCAGCGAGAACAAGAUCAGCUGGCGGCAGUUAUCAAGGUGCUUACCUGCAUCCCACCCAAAACGGUGGUUCUAGGCGAAGAAUGGGGAGACGCGAGUGAGAGCUCGGUCGAUGUGUGGCAGAAUCUCCCCAUGUUUGCGAAUACCUUGAACGAGACGCUCAGUGACGGCGACCUAAGAGCUCCUGGUGACGACACAAGAAAAGACCGUCAGGUGAACCUACAAGCAUACGCAGCCCGAAUCGCGGGCCUAGGCCUCGUCCCGCUAGAGACAAACGCCACCUGGGCGCUCGUAGAUGCGCUCGAAGGCAGUGUCAAGCCAGUACAUGGUGCUCCGGACGAGGUCAACUCAGACCCAGCCGCAGUCGAGGAUAUCACACACAAGACACGUACUGCCGCAGCCUGGAUGAUCCACGCCGGUCGUCUCUUACAUGGGCGCGAUGAGGUGGUAAGUGGGACAACAGCAGGACCUUUGUGGAAGCUUGACAAGAAAGAAGCUGUCAAGUUGAGACGAAAGGUCAAGGGAACUGAUGGGCUGUGUCCUGAACGGUGGCAGCUGUGGAAGGAGAGGCUCGGGGUUAUUCGGGAUGCUGUCGGGUUGGAUGAGAAGGCGCGUAAGGACGCUGGUGAUGCUUACCUGGAAAUGGAAAAGAUCGAGAAAGGACAGUAG